UCGAUGGAGAAUUUAAAGAUUUUUUCUCUCAAUUCAGAGUCAGGAAUGCCAAGGGGAAAGGAUUAAAAGAAAUUAAAUUAGGGGAUGAAGUGGUUCCAGGGGCGAGACAAAAGAGAAGAUUAUUUAAAUUGAAAUAUCUCUGGGAGUAACAAUGUGAUUUACAUUCAGCUAGGACCAUUUUAAAGUCUGAAAAAUAAUCUUUAAAAUGAAAAUUAAUUUGUGAAAUUUCGAUCAGCUGAUUUUGAGAUAUUGAAAAUCAAACUUUUGGUCGAGUCUAGGGACCUAUUUUUCGAGUUUAUUUUCGUUGAGGGGAUUGGGAAAAUUUUAGCUGAUUACACAAUUACCGUGGGACAUUGAACGAGCCAGUUGAUGGGAAUUAUGAGGAUCAUUUAUAAUUGGAGCUGGAGUAAGUGAGUUUUUAUUUGGUAUCGACACACCUGUGGAACUCUUCUAAACUUUCCAACUGCUUGAAGAGUUUAUUGUACACAAUGACGACAAGGACUCGAGUUGUCACUGGAAACGACCCCCUUGAUGGCAAAAUCAAUGAAUAUUUAGGGUGGUAUAAGGAUUUGAAGCCAGAGGAUGAGAUUCAUGAGAUCAUCAAAUCGAAGGACGUCACUAAACUGUCAGAACUUUUUCUGAAGAGACUGGAAUUCGGCACAGCUGGUCUACGAGGCCGAAUGGGUCCUGGAUACAGUCGAAUGAAUGAUUUGGUGAUCAUUCAGACUGGCCAGGGGCUGCUACAAUAUUUAAUUAAUAGUGUGGAGGGAUUUAAGGAAAAGGGAGUUGUCAUUGGGUACGAUGGCAGGUACAACAGCUCCAGAUUUGCUGAGCUGACAGCCACGAUAUUCAUCAACAGUGGAAUCAAAGUUUACAUGUACUCAAAGGUCUGUCCCACACCUUUCGUACCUUUCGCUGUUAUGAAGUAUAAAUGUGCAGCUGGUAUCAUGAUAACAGCCUCUCACAAUCCAAAAGAAGACAAUGGGUACAAAGUAUACUGGGAGAAUAGUGCCCAGAUAAUUCCCCCACACGACAAGGGAAUCCAAAAAGCUAUUUUGGAUAAUCUUGAACCCUCUCUCACGUCCUGGGAUGUGUCUGUCCUCAAUGCUGCUGGGAAUCUCUGCAAGGAUCCCCUGGCAGAGGUCCUCGAGGAUUAUUGCAGGAUAAUCAAAAGAAAUACUGUUUAUCCUGAAAUCAACAAGAGCACAAUAUUGAAGUUCACUUAUACUGCAAUGCAUGGGGUCGGAUUUGAGUACAUGAAAGAGGCAUUUCGGUUUGCCAAUUUCAAGCCAUUUGUCAUCGUGGAAGAGCAAAGGGAUCCUGACCCAGAAUUUCCAACAGUGAAAUUCCCAAAUCCCGAGGAGGGAAAGAGUGCUCUGGACCUCAGCAUCAAGACAGCUGAUACCAACAACUCAUCGAUUGUUCUCGCUAAUGAUCCGGACGCCGAUCGUCUUGGAUGUGCGAUAAAAAAUAAAGAUGGGGAGUGGAGGAUCCUCAAUGGAAAUGAGAUGGGAGCCCUCCUCGCGUGGUGGAUGCUUCAUGUGCACAGGGUUAUUAAUCCUGAUGCUGAUCCUGCUGACGCCUACAUGCUGGCCUCCACUGUCUCCAGUAAAAUUCUUGCCUCCAUGGCGAAGAAGGAGGGAUUCCAGUUUGAGGAAACACUGACGGGAUUCAAAUGGAUGGGAAACAGAUGUGUCAAAUUAUUGGAAGAGAAGAAAUAUAUUCUUUUCGCGUACGAGGAAGCUAUAGGCUUCAUGUGUGGGCCCAGUGUCCUUGAUAAGGAUGGCAUUAGUGCCGGGAUAAGACUUGCCGAGAUGGCAGCGUACCUGGAAACCAUGGGCCUCACACUUCUGGACAAACUGGAAGACAUCUACAAAGUUUAUGGCCACCACAUCAGCGAGAACUCUUACUGGAUCUGCCACAACCAGGAGACAAUAAAAAAAAUAUUCGAGAGACUGCGAAAUUUCGCUGGUCAACCGAAUACAUACCCAAUGAGCAUUGCUGGUGGAAAAUAUUCGAUAAUCGCUGUCCGGGAUCUGACAACUGGUUACGAUAGCACAAAGCCCGACAAGAAAGCCGUUCUUCCAAUUUCCAAGUCGAGCCAAAUGAUAACGUUCACCUUCGACAACGGCCUGGUCAGCACCCUGAGAACCAGUGGGACAGAGCCAAAAAUUAAAUACUACACGGAAUUGUGCGCAUCCCCCGAGCAACAGAACAUCGACAUCCUGAAGAGCAAUCUCGCCGAGAUGGUUUCAGCAAUAGUCUCCGAAUUUCUGCUGCCCGAGGAAAACUCCCUGAUCCCUCGAUCAUCAUAAACUCUUCCACAACGAAAAAAAAAACAUUUAAUCCAAAAUUAAUCAAAUACAGAUGUAACUUUUACUGAAAUAAAAGUCCCCAAAAUA